AACGAGACGUUGGGUUGCCGGUACUACGCCCGCGAUAAGCCAGAGCACUGCAAAGGUCUCGCUUCCAAGCCAUGCCGCAGAGCAACGGCGUAGAGCACCGCGUCCGCGUACCGGCUCACGGCGGCGCCGGGCAGGGCAAGGCGGGAGCCACGCCGGAGAAGCAGCUGAAUGGAUUUGCUCGCUCCGUUGCGCUGAUCGAGAGGGUGGGCAACGCGCUGGGAACGCUGGCCUUCACCUGGGCGACCGUCGUCCUGCUAGGCGGCUACCCGACGGUGCUUCGUCCCGAUUACGAUUUCUGGUUCGCGACAGCCAUAGUCUUCUUAGAAUCCGCAAGGAUGUUCAGCCGCAACAACAGAAUGGAUUACCGAUUGUUCUUCCAUACCAGAGGUGCUGUUAGACCUCUUGGUUGGAAUGGGCUGAUCGUCGUCGUAUGCCUUUCCAAUGUUCGGAUGUACUUGAUCAUGUUCCGGCACAAAUAUUUGUAUGAGAGUCUAGUGCAUGAAAAGGGGGUAAGGAUUUUUGCAAUUUAUAGGGCACUGCUGAUUGGCUUGUUUGUACUAACUGCUGCAAUUGGCCAAUUUCUGUCUCCUGGAGCUCUAAAGCUACUAUCCAAACCACUACGUCGUGCCGCAUCGCUGUGUAGCCCCUUGGUUGCAGUCCUAUUGCUUGUGCCAUCUAUACCGUAUUCGAAAAAGGGCCACAUGGUACCUAUGUACACUCUCAGGAACACAAUGGCCAAAUGGAUAGCGUUCCUUGUACUAUUUCUAGCGGCGCUUCUGCUUACAGUCAGCAGGCUACGUUCCCCAAGAAUCAUCAAACUAGUAGAUUGUGUUAUGGGCAGCAAAAAAGUAUUUUGGCGUCGAUUAAUUCUGAGCUUGUGCAUGCUUGCUGCCCUAUUGAUGUUAGUUUUCAUGAUCGAUCCAUUCGAUCAAAUUGUGAUGAUCACAUACCAAUUAUAUGCAUUACUGGUAGUGUCAUUUGGAAACCUACAGAUUCCAGCAGCACUUGUACGUGUCGUGCUCGCACUGGUACGUCUCGGACCGCAUGACUACUGUGGUAAUAAGCAGAUUGACAACUGCAACGAAGGGGAAAAGACGAACCUUGCGCCAUCUCUAGAUAUCUUCUACAAGAUGGUGCUUGGCCAAGGAAUACUCUACCUUGUGGCCUGCGCACUCGAGAUCUUCUCAUUCAUCCUACGGAGGUCCCUUGUCCACUAUGGUGGAUUCAAAGGUCAGUGGGGAGUGGAAUCUGUCAAUUUGUAUUACGCAUAUGCCUUGGAAAAAUUCACGCAAGGGGAUGUGCUCACUCCAAAGAUGAUCAGCCUCAGCAGCUUUGCCAUCGAUUCCCUAAACGCAGACUCAUCCAAGAAUCAGCUCCUCGGCAUCCGGAUAAUGCACAGCCUUCUACAGAGGGAACCGACAAGAACACAGCUCCCAUCAAAACUAAACGCCUCUAUCAAGACAAUGACCAGUUUAAUCAGAAUGUUGGACUUGACAAACCCAGAGGAUACAACUACCAGAAUAUUUGCCGCAAAGGUCGUCGCUGAUCUUGCGAAGAGCCUCCGGGCCGUCACCAUCCCUGGGACAAUUCAGGUUGUAUCUGCACUUUUGGAUUAUGGUAACCAACAGAAAAGAGGAAACCCACUUCUGGACACAGAUGAUGAACAAGAAGCAGUACAUGAUCCAAUUUUGAAUGCUGCCGACAACCUGGAGGAAAGACAGUAUGCAGUUACAGACACUAGUAUCAUGCUGGAAACAAAAGAACGCUCAACCCUGCAAGUUGGCACUGCUGAGCAAAAGUCCUGCAUACUCAGAAGGUGGCAACGGAUUUCUGAAUUCUGGUCAAUUCCUCAGGAGGAAGAGUUGACAAAGCAAGAUCUUCUACCAGCACUGGGCAUGUCAAUCCUUGACAACCUUGCUGGUUGUGAUCAGGAUAAUUGUGCGGAAAUCAGUAGAGCAAGUGGCCUCAUCCCGAAGAUCGUAGGAUUCACAAGCUAUUGUAGAAGUGACACCAUGAAUACCGACGCUCAACAGAAGGUCCUGGUGGAGUCAUCACUGAAGCUGUUGCAUAGGCUGACUAGCAUUGAUGGGGAAAUUGGCAUCACGCUACGGCACAAGGUGUCGAAGCAUCCCUUCCUACUGAGAAACCUUUCAGAGAUAUUGGGAGAUAGCACAAGCAGCCAAGAACUGAAGAAGUUGGUGGCAGGAAUCCUCAGAAACCUUGCCAUUGAUGAGAACGCAAGGCAAGCGAUUGGGCGCAUCCAGGUGAUCAUUACCAGGUUGAUGCGUGCAUUUCUCACUCCGGACGGACCCUUCAGUACGGAUGCUGAUCGGUUGCUACGGAAGGUCGCUGGUCAAGCACUGGCAAUGUUGGCAAUAGACAGUGUCAACAACUGUCUAGCCAUGUUAAGGGAAACAGGGUAUGUACUCGUUAAGGAACUCACAAGUAUGGUCCAUGUUGAGGAAUAUGUGCCUGCACGCUCGACCCGAGCUUAAAGACCCGGACCUGAAGGAACUUUCUUACACCUUGCGAGAGGUGUUGGAAAGAAUAUUGGUUGCAGACGGGGCAGAACUAGAGAUCCUCAUUAGCCUUAGUUCCCAGACAUGUAAAGCCAUUCCUGAAGAUUUCGCCCGAGAACUAGAGCACGGUCAUAUUAUGUAAAGAUUUGUGACGAGGCUUGUCGACGCGCUGAAUGCAAACAUGGAGCCCAGUGCUGAUUGCCCCGGGAUCAGGAGGGUGAUACUCGAGCAAGCCAUAAACAUGAUGGAGGACGACACCCGUUACGCGAGCUGUUUCAACUGUCGUCGCAUGGUGGAUGCGCUGUCGAUGGUGGAAGCGACGGCCUCUGAGGCUGAAAACUUCAGCCUCUUCUUGGGCAACGCAGGUUUCAUGGAGUCCGGCGAACCUCUGUCCUCUCUUGUGGCGAGGGCUAAACAGCUGCUGGCCGUCCGGUGAACUUUUGAUAGGAUCAAACAUGCAAUUCGUGGCCGUGAUGCUUAUAUGCUAUGGUGAGUAUCUUUCUUGAAUUAUCUGGGUCUAGAGUUGUUGGUGUCAAAAUGAGUCCCAUAUCGGAGGUGUUUUGUGUGUUGGUGUGUACGUACGUAUUGAUAAUUGUGAAAGGAACUCUUACUAUUUGCUUACGUGAGAACUUAAUGUAAGAACUAGAGUGAAGCUAUUGGUUUUUUUAGACCAGUGAAUCUGUUAGUUAGGACACAUGAUAUUUGAGAAGUUAUUAUCACUCCAUUGCUUUGCCCUCAUCUGUUGGUUCUUGAGAUUA